GCGUGCCUACUCGAUAACGGUGAGUUCCAUCCAGAGGUGCGGUGGGGAAGAGCCGACGGUGGAGCGACGACUGCCGGGUGCGUCGUUAAGGUUGUCCCGCUGAGAAGAGCACAAAGGGCGGCGCUGUUAAAAGUGUCAGACAUGAACGGUGCCACUGAAGUCACCAGGAGGCGGGUCCAAAAUGGCAGCCACAGUCCGUUGGCAUCAGCUAAAACAGCAGAGCCUGUGCAGUGGGGGAGAGCCUGGGAAGUGGAUUGGUUUUCUCUGCUGAGCGUGGUGGCCCUGCUCUGCUUGGCGCCGUUCAUCGUCUUCUUCUUCGUGAUGGCUUGCGACCAGUACCAGUGUUCCGUUACACGGCCCCUCCUGGAGCUCUACGGCGGCGAGAGCACCCUACUCUCCAUCUGGGCCCGCGUACCCUUCGUCACCUGGUCGGCGGCCAAGAUCUACGCCGCGUGGGUCACCUUCCAGGUGGUGUUGUACAUGCGCUUGCCCGACAUCCUGCACAAAGUGCUGCCCGGUUACGUCGGGGGAGUUCAGGACGGCGCCCGAACCCCAGCAGGCCUCAUCAACAAGUACGAGAUCAACGGGCUGCAGUGCUGGCUCGUCACGCACGUCCUGUGGUUGGCCAACGCCCGCUACUUCCUGUGGUUCUCGCCCACCAUCAUCUUCGACAACUGGAUCCCGCUCAUGUGGUGCGCCAACGCGCUGGGUUACGCCGUGGCCACUUUUGCCUUUGUCAAGGCCUACUUGUUCCCCACCAACGCGCAGGACUGCAAGUUCACGGGCAACGUCUUCUAUAACUACAUGAUGGGCAUCGAGUUCAACCCGCGUGUGGGCAAGUGGUUUGACUUCAAGCUGUUCUUCAACGGGCGCCCGGGCAUCGUGGCGUGGACGCUCAUCAACCUUUCCUACAUGGCCAAGCAACAGGAGCUCUACGGUCACGUCACCAACUCCAUGCUGCUGGUUAACGUCCUGCAGGCCAUCUACGUGUUGGAUUUCUUCUGGAACGAGGCGUGGUACCUCAAGACCAUCGACAUCUGCCACGACCACUUUGGCUGGUACCUGGGCUGGGGCGACUGCGUGUGGCUGCCUUACCUCUACACGCUACAGGGCCUGUAUCUGGUCUACCACCCGGUGCAACUGUCACCGCCGCACGCCGCGGCCGUGUUGCUGCUGGGCCUGGCGGGCUACUACAUCUUCCGCGCCGCCAACCACCAGAAGGACCUAUUCCGCCGCAGCGAGGGCGCCUGCACCAUCUGGGGCCGGCCCCCCUCCUUCAUCGAGUGCUCGUACCGCUCGGCCGACGGCGGCGCGCACCGCAGCAAGCUGCUGACGUCGGGCUUCUGGGGCGCGGCGCGCCACUUCAACUACACGGGCGACCUGAUGGGCUCGCUGGCGUACUGCGCCGCCUGCGGAUUCGGCCACCUGCUGCCGUACUUCUACAUCGUCUACAUGAGCGUCCUACUGGUGCACCGGUGCCUGCGCGACGAGCACCGUUGCGGAAGCAAGUACGGCGCCGACUGGAAGCGCUACACCGACGCCGUGCCGUACCGACUCAUCCCGGGAAUCUUCUAGGCUUGGCGGAGGUUCUCAAAGCCAGCCGCAACUUGGCAGGUCCACAAAAUCAUUUGCAAUAAAUCACGUGGUAGCAUUUAGCAAAGACACAACGACAGUGUUGCAAAGUGACAGAAA